CAUUUCCACCGGAGUCGCAAACCCCACGCCUCCACCGCGAGCUCCUCCGAAUCCACCGGCCGGCGGUGACUCUCCCUCCUCCGGCGAUCCGAACCUCCUCGCAAAUAUGGAUUCAGAUCCCUCAUCGCAGAACCCAACAGACAUGACAGCAUUUGUGCAAAACCUCCUUGGUCAGAUGCAAACAAGGUUUGAGUCUAUGUCCCAGAACAUCGUGUCAAAGAUAGAUGAAAUGGGAACCAAGAUCGACGAGCUGGAGCAGAGCGUCAACGAUCUGAAAGCUGAGAUGGGCACCACCGAGGCACCUGCCAAGAAGCCUGAAGAGGCAAAGCCGGCUGACUCCGCAUAACUUGGCUGUAGGCCAGAGAUUGGCUAGUAAAGAUUUCGUGCCUACAUGACUAAGAUUUCGGCCUUUAUAUGCGUAUCUGAGGGUUUCCCAUGGACCAUAUCUCUUGUAUGAGUGUACUUUCCUAUUAGACAUCUAUUGCUGCGACUGUA